AUGGCUGCGGAGGAGGACGAGGUUGACUACAUGUCCAUGGUCAUAGAGGAACCACAGCAGAAGGAGACUUUCACGCAAAAGAAGCGCCGGCUCCAACGAGAGGCCGAAGCCCGCGCUAGAGUUCCGUCGAAAGCCGAACGUGCCGCCCAGGAAGCUGCCAAACGCGAUGCAGCCUUGGCAACUAGUACACUUAACCCCUCUAACAAGGGGUUUCAGAUGAUGGCAAAGCUGGGAUUUAAACCAGGCCAGACGCUGGGAAAGCCUGCCGGAGAGGAUAGAGAGAAAGAGGGUAGCGGUCCUAAUGCACAGUCGCGCACGGAACCUUUGAAUCUUAUAUUUAAGGAAGACCGUGGUGGGAUCGGGCUGGAUAGUGAGCGGAAGCGCAAGAUUCGGGAGGAGGCCGAGGAGGCCGCGAAAAAGAUCAAAGCCGAAGAGGGCGACUAUCGAGAUCGUGUACGACUCGAGCGCGAAACGAAGCGCAUCGAAGCCCAGAUUCAUGCAGCGCAGAAGGUCGCAGAGCGAUUAGAUGCGGAUGAAAACGGGGAAGCGGAUCUCUUUUCUGCCAGUAACGUCGAAGAUAAGGAUAAGAAUGAGGAAAAGGACGAGAAGGAGCAAGAGGGCAGUGAUGAAGAAGCUCCCGCAACUAAGCCCAAAGCAAAGGCCAAGGUAAAGCCAACGUCUCAAAUCAACAUCCUAUACCGCGGACUUGUGCGCGAGCGUGAAGAAAAGGAGCGCGCCAUUCAGACCCGGCAUAUGCUGCAGACAUCCUUGCCGACAUCGUUUUUCCCGAACCCGCGGUUACCGGGUUAUGAAGACGCGACGUUGGAUCGGGACGACCACGAAGCCCUUGGCGGCGGACGUGAUCUCUCUACCGUCCUCGAGCAAGAAGUAGAGGAAGAAGACCCGGAGCUGGACGAAUUCAAUACCCUUGAGCCGGCUGAGCGCUUACGGCGGUUGGUUGAGUAUCUCCGCGAAAAGCACAACUAUUGCUUCUGGUGCAAAUAUCGCUACGAUACUGCCGAGAUGGAGGGAUGUCCCGGUGUGACGGAGGAAGACCAUGAUUGAUGACGGACUUCUUAUGUGCUAUGUGAUAUUUCUGCUUUCUUCAGUGUGCAUAUACUCAUUUUCUGCUUAUCUUGCAUUGGGACCCGGACCGGAGUUCACGAUAUAGGCCAUGGUUAUAGAAC